AUGCACAGUGGUGCUAUUAUAGUAGAAAUUGCUGUAUACAUAGCUGCUUGCAUAUUCAACAAUGGUAUGACUUCAAUAUUACAAAUAAUGAGCAUUAUGGGCAUUUCUCUCGGACCGAACGCACACCAAUAUGCUGCGCGCGAAGAUGAUCGCCGCAUAGCGCAAGCCGAGGUACGCGCGCAGGGACAGACGAAAGAAGCGCGAAUACGUCGCCGACAACAAAAUUUAGACGAUAUUGGCAUCGCAUCUACUGCAGAGGACUUAUAUUAUGGGCCUGGAAUUGACGACUCUGUGCAAGAUCCCGAACCUCCAGCUUCCUGGAAUGGUAUUCGCAACGCAUCCGAAAACGGCAACAUGUGUUUACAACUAGAUGUAUCAACUGAAACGGUGAUCGGUGACGAAGACUGCCUUUAUCUUAACGUUUAUGUACGACGUACUAUCUAUGGGACAACGCGGAUUCCAGUUAUGGUAUGGAUUCAUGGUGGAGGAUAUCUAUUUGGGUCAGGCUCUGAUAUUAUUCGACGACCUGAUUAUGUUUUGGCUUUGCAUCACCAUAUCUCCGCUCGUAGGGCACGUUUCCUAAAAUUCGGCCAUGAAACAGAAAGUGGAAACCAAGGCCUGAAAGAUCAGAUUACUGCACUGAAAUGGGUGAGAGAAAAGAUCAAGUAUGUGGGAGAUCCAUUAAACAUCACUAUGUUUGGUAACAGUUCUGGUGCUCCGAGCGUGCACUUCUUAAUGUUAUCACCGCUAAAGGUAUCCUAAACAUGCUCUAAUACAAAACACAAUGGUAGCAUUACAUAAAAAAAGUAUUGGAUAUGAAAAUAAAUCUUGAUAUCAUUAUAUUUAUCGUUAUAUUUAUACAUGGUAUUUAUUUUUACAGGUCUCUUUCACAAAGCUAUUCUUCAAAGCAGUGUAAGUACGGGCAGUUGGGCGAUAAAAGAACCUUAGGAAGAAAUGCCCUUGCUUAAACUUGCCUCAGUACUUGGCAAUAAUUCAAAGGACCCCGAAGAAGUCAUAGAGUUUCUUUGAACGAUACCCGCUGACGAAAUCGUCAAAGCGCAACGUCAAUUUUUCACUUCAAAGGCAAUUUGCUUUUUACUAGGGCUGGGAAAGUUACUUUUUAAAAGUAACUAGUUACCGUUACUCGUUACUAACCAUUACGCACACACCACAUAAGAAGGAUUUGGAGUAUAAAGAAUAAUGAACGCAGCAGUUGGAAUUAUAAAAGAACUAA